AUGAUCAGUAUUUUCAGAUCAGCAGCAGAGAAAAGACUCUCAGUUCAGCAGCUGAUAGACGGACAGGAGAUGUUGGUUCUGGUUCUGGUUCUGGUCGUUGUGCUUCAGCUUGAAGGAACCAGAGGAGGAAAAAUUCAUCUCUAUCACAGAGAAGGAGAAAAUGUUGUUCUACCUUCAGAGAGACCUGCAUCAUAUUCCACAUGCUCUGAUAUUAUUUGGCUUUACAACAGAGAUACAAGCAAAACUAACACAGAGGUUAGAAAUGGAAAAGUUGAUCAGACUUCACCUCGAGCUUCCAGGUUAAAAAUGGACAGCAGCUGCUCUCUGAUCAUCAACACCAUCACUGCUGAUGAUGCUGGAUUCUACACCUAUAGAUCUGCUACAGGAUCCUUCUCAGAUCACUUUGUCUAUCUGAGUGUUUUAACCAUUUCAGACGCUGAUCCAACAAAGGGAGAUUUCACAUUACAAUGUUCUCUGUGGAGAUACGAUAACCCGAGUCCUUGUCCAGAGAAAAGUUUCCUCUGGUUGGAUGUGAGAGGAACUGAACUGACCAGUAGAAGAGAAUCUCACUGGUCAAGACAAAAAUGUUUUUCUUCUCUAACUGUGAAGCAUCAGAGCGACACCAACACAAGAUUCACCUGCCAGUUUAUUGAAGGAACAAAAGUGAAGGUUGAAGCUCAAUACACAGAAGUCCAUCUCUACCACAGAGCAGGAGAUGAAGCUGUUCUACCCUGUAACAGACCUUCAUCAUCCGACUCAUGUUCCUCUGUUAACUGGACUUAUAAGAAAAAAGACAAGAUGAACAAGGAACAGGAAGUUUCUCGUCCUGCCAGUUUGGACAGAAUCUGUUCUCUGAUCAUCAACAACAUCACAGCUGAGGAUGCUGGACGUUACCGCUGCAGAUAUAAUACAGAUGUUUAUCUAAACAUGCUGAUCAUCUCUCCAACAGAUGCUGAUCCAACAAAGAAUAACUUCACAUUACAGUGUUCUCUGCUGAGAUACAGAUCAGGUACUUGUCCAGUUAAAAGUCUCCUCUGGGUGGACGAGACAGGAAGUGAACUGACUGGUGAAGGUGAUGGAUAUAAAUCUGGAGGACAGACUGGUUGUGUUUCUUAUCUGACUGUGAAUCUUCAGAGCAGCAGAAGAUUCACCUGCCAGUUUGUUGAAGGAAACAAAGUGAAGAUAGAAGCUCAGUAUGGAUCUGAAGGUUCUGCUAACAUCCAAACCACCAUCAUCAUUCUCGGAUCAGUGAUCGUCUUUCUGCUGCUGCUGGUUGUUCUUGCUGCUGUUUUCAUCAAACUCAGGAAAACCAGAAAUAAAGAGGAUCACAAAACCACAACAGAAAAUCAAGAUUCAGCCGUUGAAAAUCAUCAGUAUGAUGAGCUGCAGGCCAACCUGACCUACGCUACUGUUAGCCACUCCAAACCCUCUGAGAAGAUAAAGGUCCAACCGGAUGAAGAAACUGUGACUUAUUCUGCUGUGAGGACUAAAACAAAGACCGAGGCGGACAUCGAUCCCAGCGACCUCUACAGCUGCCUCACUGAGCCAAAAUGAAGAAACAGGAAGUCAGACGUUUAAUAAACCGCCGUACAGGAAGUGAGCUGUUGGGUUUAGGUUUCAGCGACACCAAAGAUUUCAUUUAUUCAUGUUUUGGACGUUUUCUGUUGUUUUGAAGUUAUCAUGAAGAUUUCUUAGCAGAAAUGUACUGUGACUGAGUUAUAUGAUAAAGUUUUGUUAUGUUUGUAAAAUAUGUGGAGUGUAAAUACUGAACUGAAGAGAAGCAGCGUGAAUAUGUAGUAAGUGAUGCAUUAAGAUCCACAAGCAGAACAGCAAAUAUUCAAAGAACAUGUUGACUAGAUGUUAACUUAAAAAUACAACUUUCAAAAUGCAACUAACUCAUAUCUGGUGACUUUUAGUCGGUUUACGCUUUAAGGCUUUGAUCGCUGCAUCUGAACAAACUGAACUUUUAUUUUCAGUUUUGCUUAUUUUCACAUUUUUUUCUGGAUUUAUCUAAAAUGUUUUUUUUAUUUAUCUCUCGUGAGUUUAUACAGCAGAUUUUUUUGAACGUUUCAGCAAAGCUUGAGUUUAAACCCUGCAGGUUUCCACAUGUUUCACUCUGUCAGCUGCUCUGGCUUCUCGUCCCCUUCAGAGUCCAGUUCAAUGAUCCUGGUUCUGGAUUACUGAGAUCAGCGUGGAAAUGAGACAGAGUUAGUAACAGAGUCGGACUGACCGUCUCCCUCCGAGUCUCAGGGAUCUGGACUCCAACAUGUAGUUUCUUUUUAUAAGCUGCUAAAAUCUCCUUUUUUAACAGAUAUUCAGUUAAUAUUGUUUUGUGUUUAUUUUAGUAUUGUUUUUAAGAACUAUGUAAAACCUAUUUUGAAAUUGCUAUUAUGUCUGAAAGUUGAAAAUAAACAUUUUCUUUGGUUACA